AUGAAUUCCAGACAUCAGUAUGUGGAGCUCAAUGAUGGUCGCUUCAUUCCUGGACUGGGCUUUGGCACCUAUAAACCUCCAGAGGUUCCUAAUAGUAAAACAACAGAGGCCACCAAAAUAGCUAUAGAAGCUGGGUACCGCCAUAUUGAUUGCGCUUAUGCAUACCAAGUAGAAGAGGAGGUAGGACUGGCCGUUAGAAGCAAGAUUGCAGAUGGCACUGUGAAGAGAGAAGACAUAUUCUGUACUUCAAAG